CACCUCGGUUGCCAGGCAAGAUGGCCGUCGCUGAGGCCUUCGGCGAUAUUAUCAAGUUCAUCAAGGGCAAGGGACCGGACGGGGUCCGCAUCGACAAUAAACUGUUCCAGCUCCACUAUCGGCUGACCACAUUCAUCUUCCUUGCCUCGUCAGCGAUGUUGUGCACCAGCAGCCUGUUCGGCAGCCCAGUAACGUGUCACCACGCCGACCCAGACCGCAUCUCCAACGACGUUAUCAACACUUACUGCUGGAUCACCACCACCUACACGCUGCCGCAGCUGCUGGACAAGUCCGACCAGUACCCGCACAGUGACAUCGCCUACCACGGGAUCGGGGGCGCACAGGCAUCAGCCUUCUACCUGCCGCACUGGCUGUGGAAGCUGGUGGAGGGCCGCCGGCUGAGCUCGCUCCUGCAGGAGAUGCAGCUGCCCGUCAUGGACCCCGAAGAGCGGCGGACGCGACUUGCCAACCUCGUGCAGUAUCUGGCGCAGACGCUCGGCUCCUACAACGGCUACUUUUUCCGCUUCGUCUUAUGUGAGCUGUUGAACGUCGCAACCGGCGGACCGGGCGCCAGUCCGAUGACGGAGGUAUUCCCCAAGCUGACCAAGUGCAACUUCCAGCUGGUCGGCGGCUCGGGCAGCGUCGAGUCCAUUGACUCAAUCUGCGUGAUGGCACUCAACAUCCUCAACGAGAAGAUCUACCUGCUGCUCUGGUUCUGGCUGGUGCUGCUGGCCGCCGCCAGCGUACUGGCCUUCGCCUGGCGCUGCGCGCGCGGCUCGCCGAACGUGCACGACCUGGAGGACCUGGUGGAAAGCGUCCGUCUCGGUGACUUCUUCCUGCUCUCGCUGCUUGCCCGCAACAUGGACCUGGUGGCGUUCCGGCAGCUGGUGACCGAUCUGGGCGCGUGCCGUGACCCACGGUCAGGGUCGGAGGGUGAGCAGGGUCACGGCCCCGUCGGCUGGGGUCGGUGA